CGCUCGCUCGCAAAACACACCCAACUAUUACUGUAUACCUGGACAGCAGCACCAACGCAACCCACAGACUCCCUCCAACCACCGUCCCUCAUAACAACCAACAGCACCCACCCUCCCUCGCUUCAGCUGCAGCGCCCGUUCUCAGAGAUACGGCCAAGAAUGCCCCUCCCCUACGACAUCCUCUCCGGGCACCCGCUCCCCACCUGCCCGUACCCCUCCUCCUCCCUCCCGCCCCCCUCCUCCCCCGGCCCCAAACUGCACAAUCCGAACGUCUCGCUCACGUUUCUGAUCAUCGGACUAACGAGCGUGGUGUUUGCGGGGGUCGUGAAGGGGAGGUAUGAUGGCGCCAGGGUGUUCAAUCGGCGGAUUGGGGACGCUAGUGUUAGGAAUGGAUGGUGGAGUGCGUGGUUUGCGGUUUUGGGGGUGAGCUUCUUGAUAGAUUUUGUACGAUACACACUGGAUCUGCCACAUCAGAGAUCAACGACGCCCAUCAUUGUGGAACCGAUAGCGGGCUCAAAGAAGGAGGCGACUGUUGAACCGCAGAUCAUGGAUGCAUGGCUGUUGCUCAGUUCGGCAGUGCUGAGGAGUUUCGCGACGCUUUUGCUCACUCUGGCACUGAACUAUCAGUUGCAGCAUCGUUCUUCAUUCGUGAUGAGAGGACCCGUAAACAACAAUACAGCCACCGACAACCCACCACCCGACCCCCGAUCCUCCUCCUCCUCAAUCCCUCCCCGCCGCCCAGUCUCCUACCCCGCCUACGGCUCAUCCACCACUCCAUCCUCCCGCGCACCCUCCGUCUCCCUUCUCAUCCCCGACCCGUCCACCGACGACGAGCACACCCCCUCACCCGCCACCCUCCGCGCGACCAACAUCGCUUCCGCCGCCGCCGCUAGCCGCCGCACGAGCGCCCAAACCUCCCCACACCGAUCCCGCGCCCACCGGUCCAUCGACGCGAGCGAGGAGCAAGCACUUCUGGAAGGGAUCCCCCGUGACGAUGAUAGUGUUUUCGGAGACGAUGAGGAUACGCGGCGUGGUGGGUCGAGGUGUUGCACAUGCUCGUGGUGGAGAUGUAUGUGGGACGGGUUCUGGGGCCGGGUGUUUGCGAGCUGGCCGUUUGCGGGGUGUGUGUUGUGGGGAUUGAAUCUGUUUGGAAUCUGGUUGGCUACCAACCCACCCACAACAACCCCCUUCGACUCGGCCACCCUCCCACCCCCCCUCUACCUCCCCAACCCAACCCCCGCACCCCCCCUCCUCUUCUACCUCUCAACAACCCUCUCCCUCCUCCAACACCUCCCCAUCCCCCUCCUGAUCCUCCUCAUCCUGUCCGGCACCGCACCCUCCCCCUCCCCGCCACCCUCCCGCCGCACCUCCUCCUCAACCCCCACCGGCCGUCGCCGCAGGCACCACCCGACCUGGACCACCAAACUGCUCCUGCUCACCGCGGGCGCGUGCUACGUCCCCUGGAUGGUCGAGCCGGGGGUGCUCACCCGCGCGAUCGACGCGGUCGUGAUGCACGGCCCAGCAGGAGCGAACUACGAGAGCAGGGUGUGUGCGGUCCCGCCGUGGUGGUGGUUGGAGGCGGAUGACAGUGCGGCGAAAUGGAAGCGGGUGGCCGAUGCGGAGGGGAGGUAUGACGGCGCGAGGACGGAGAGACCCGACCUGCAUGGGUGGGCGUCGUGGGUGGAUGUGGGGAUGUGGGUGGGGUUUGUGGGGGAGUGUUUGUUUUUUGCGGUUGUGAGGAGGGAGUGGAGGCGGAAUAAGGAGGAAUGGGUGUGGCUCACUGUCAGCGAGCUGCAGAGCAUCUUUGAUUUCCGCCGGUAUUGAGAUCGGAAGCGGUCCCGAAAGCAAAAAGGAAACGGAAAGUAAACGACAGCCCCCCCGCCCGAGAUUCCCCCGAGAUUCCAAAAGGCCGGGUACUAGUGUCAGCAUCCCCCGCCCCAACUCCCUCAUAGUUACAGUUAUACGCGGUCGAUGUUGAGGGAGCGGUUUUUUCAUUGUAUUCUAUUCGUGUUCAUUUUGGCGAAAAAGAAAUAUAGUAUACCCCUGUGUGAUGUGU